AUGUCCUCGAGAACGAGUCUUAUCGAAAGAUUUAUGGGUUUGCGCCAAUCGAUUCCGAUUCACAAUGUGAACUAUGAGAUGGCGAACGAUUUGUGCAAAUCGAUGAGUUCCCAUUUGGUGACCGUGGAAAAUGAGGAGAAAAACGCGCUGGUUUUGGAGCUGACAAAAUCGGGAAUCCUUAGCGAAUCGUUUUCGACGCAGACACUACUUGGAGCAAAGAAAAGAAAAUCGUUGAAAUUGACUUGGAGUCACGGAUUGAUAAACAAUUUCACAAAAUGGGUUGAUGAGAAGAUGAUUGAAGAAAAUGAUGAACGCAAAUGUGUGGCGAUGAUCACCGACAAUGCAGAGAAAUGGAUAGAUUCUCUUUGGAUGACCGUGCCAUGUGAGACGAUGCAAAGGAUUUCCCUAAACGAAUGUGUUCAUCCACAAAAAUCGACAAUUGUUCAGACACCGAUCUCCAUAAAAACCGGUUGUCCAGAGGGAUGGUUUCACAGUCGACACUUUAAAAGUUGUUAUAAGUCUGUUUACAAUGUAAAUUUCGAUGAGGCGACCGCGAUUUGUCGCUCGGUGAACGGGGAAUUGGUCACCGUUAACAAUGAUCUCAAAAAUUUAUUGGUUUUAGAACUAACAAAAGCUGAUAAAAUGAUUGAUCUCUUUUACGGGAAUGUUAUAAUCGGAGCAAAGAAAGGGGAUAAUGAGACUUUAAUUUGGAGUAAUGGGAAACCAAAUGCUUACAAACGAUGGUCACCGAGAGAACCAAAUGGAGGAAAUGUUGAGAGAUGUGUGAAUAUGUACACGGAUGAAACAAUCGGAUAUAAAGGAGACCUUUCUGGGAUUUCUCGAUGGAAUGAUUUCCCCUGUGAUCAGCGACAACGAGUUGCUCUUUGUGAAAUGAAUAUUUUGAAA